AUGGACACAUCAAUAUCUUGGAGCGAAACUGACGAAGAUAAGAAGCUUGUGUCCACAUUCAAAACUAACAAAAUGAACCUUUCGUACACAAGUAGGGCACAAAAAGACGAGAUUUGCCAUCCCACUCACCUCAGAUGCGAUUUGAAUCACGGAAUUAAGCGAUCUCAGGCCUCGACUGCCCGAGCCCUUAGCACAUUGUUCUCGGAUGCAAAACCGAGGUAUAAUUGGGAGGACCCAUUGAUCAUUUGCAUCAUUUUUUUAUUCUCCUCCUCUAAUUGCGUCACUUGCUCCAUGAGCUCGACUAGCUUUUGCUGCUUCCUCAUUCGAGACCUGCGUGCAGAUUCGCGGUUCGAUUGCUUUCUCUUUCUCUUCCUCUCGUCCUCCAUUUUUCAAGGAAAAAAGGCGGGGGAAUUUCAGAGGGUGGCCGCCGGAGUAAAGGAAUACUACGGAGAAAGAGUGGAUAACCCUAAUUCGGAACAUCAGAAGAGCAUAUGCCAUGGAAAUCGAAGGGUUGUAAAAUACAUAUUCUCUCAAAGACGCGGCGGAUUAGGGAACUCCGGUGGGAUGAAACGGAUCUGCAGAUUAAAAAAAAACAGGGCGAAAAACGCAAAUUUGUCAGCCGAUCGAUCAAUAACGUAUCAAACGAGUGAUCAAAAAUCGAGAGACAAUAAAACAGGGGAAAAAUCUGGAAAAAAAAAAAAUAAAAUGAAUUACAACAAGAGCAAUCAAUGA